CCUCAGCUUCUGAGUGAUUUGAAAGAAGAAUGAAAACAUUUUUGGAGCAAGUGGUCUUGUGCCUCGUCUGUUUCACUUGUGCCACUCAAUCCCUUCCAGUAAGUCGUGAUGCUGUCCACACAGAGUACGCCAUUCUGUUUGAUGCAGGAUCGAGUGGCACUCGCUUGAGGAUCUACCAGUUUUUGGCCAGCGGACAUUCCUUGCAGCCAUCAGACGUCCGAGAGCUUAGUUCCUCACCUGACAAGGCAGAACCCGGAAUUUCAGACCUUGCUGAUGACCCUUCCCGAGUUGAAGAAUACAUGACGCCCCUACUGGAAUCUGCCAAGAAGACCAUCCCAGAAGACAAGCAGGCAUCUACACCCAUAUUUUUGUUUGCGACAGCAGGAAUGAGAUUGGUUCCUCAAGACCAGGCAGACGCUAUCUUAAAUGAAGUUAGAAAACUGUUUAAUGACAAAGACAAAUGUCCAUUUAUGUUUCAGGAUGAUAACGACGCUAGAAUUAUUACGGGCAAAACCGAGGGGAUUUAUGCUUGGGUUACUAUUAAUUUUCUGGUGGGUGCAUACCGCUCGAAAGGUCUUACCUAUGGUAGUUUAGAUUUGGGAGGGGCGUCCCAGCAAAAUGCUUGGAAAUUUAAUAGCAGCCACCCUGAUGUCGUGGUCGUAGACUUUUCAGGGAAAAAAUACAAAGUUUUUGCUCGUAGUUAUCUGGGUUUUGGGCAGGAUCAAGCUCGAGAACGUUAUCUGGGAGUCAUUGCUCAAAAAGAGAAUUGUGUUAAGAAUUCCGAGUGUGUCGUGAAAAGUCCUUGCCAUAAUAAAGGAUUUAAGGAAUCCCUUAAAUUUGAUGGUCAGGAAAGGGUAUUUGAAGGGACAGCUGACGUUAAAAACUGUAGAAAAAUAAUCCGCGAAGUGUUUUUCUGCCACUCGCCAAAUGUGCUAAAAUGUCCUUUCUAUGAUCAACCAAAACUGAAAGGAAGAUUUUACGGGUUUUCCUCAUUUUACUACAUUUUGACAGGAAUAGACGCGGUUUGUUCUGACUGUGAAAACAACAAAGUCACACGAAGGAAAGUUGAUUUGUACUCUAAGUCGUUUUGUGGAAAAGAUUACGACGACCUGGAGAAAAACCCUUAUGCUAAAAACCAUUGCUUUGGAGGGAAUUUUAUCUACGAGUUGUUAACUGAAGGGUAUAGACUUGGCCCAUAUAAGGAAAUAAGGGUGACUAAUUCACUCAACGGUUUUAAGUUGGGUUGGACCCUGGGUGCGGUUCUGAAAAACACAGAUAUAAUGAAAGAAUAAACCAACUGCACCCUAAUUCUAAGGUUUGCGUCCAAUAAAGGUUUAAUCAAGGGGACCUAAUAAUCAAUCAGUUACUCAGGGUAUCUUUGUGGUUAUCUAGGGACAAAUAAACUUGAGAUAGUUAAUAAAGCUUGCUUUUACUGGCUCAGGGCCUCAA